AUGGCUCUCUUCGUGGAGGAAGACUUCCCUUUGCUUAAGAAGAACCAGUGUAAAGAUGUGACUAUAAACGCAUUAUUUGGAGAACAAAGUCACCAUGGCCUGAGUGACUCGCCGGAGCCUGAGCGAGCUGGUUACAUGGAGGGCCAGAGAAAACGUAAGCGGACCAUCUUCAGCCGGGCCCAGCUGUCCGAGCUGGAGCAGGCCUUUGCCUUGACUCCCUACCCAGACAUCACCCUACGAGAACGUCUGGCCGCACACACACACCUCCCCGAGAGCAAGAUACAGGUGUGGUUCCAAAACAGAAGAGCAAGAAGCAUCAAGACCAGUAGGCUUUCCAAAAUUAAUGAGACCCUCCUGGUGGAGAGGGGAGGUGUAGAACCUUGCCAGACCAGAUCCCGGGUCACCUCCCUGGGACCCGUCUCCUCUCCAUUCCCUACACCGACAAGCAUAGCAGAUGUUCUCCAGCCAGAGCAGCACCACCCUUGUGAAGACGGCCAACAAAUUUAUUCAGACUGGAUCCAACUCCACGGCAAUUCCAUAUCCUCAUCCUCAUCUUCGUCAUCUCUCCAACCAACACCUGGCUCCCCGAAGCUCUCUGAGACUCCUCUCUGGGAGGAGGAAAAACAGUGGCCACACCUCGGGCCUCUCCCCAGCUCUCUGCCCGGGUUCCUUCCCAGCUCUUUUUCCCAGCCCAUCAUCAGGCAACCACACCAUUCCUCCUCCUCUUGCUCCUACAGGGAUGUCAGUUUCCCCGAAGUCUUCAGGAACUUCAGGGCUCAGAGCAUAGGCCCUACUGGAGCUCACCAGGCCCGGUAUGGAGGUGGUGCCGGUGGAGGAUGUCAUGCCUCCGUAGACCAGGUGGUUCCUUCCCAUCCUCAGCAGGUGUGUUGGGAUGUAGCUCAGGGACAGGGGCACCUCCACCACCACCACCACCACCAUCACCACCCACAAGUGGGACCACAGACGUCCAUGGGCUACAUCUCAGACCUCAUCUAUAAUGCUGCCAUUGUCACUAACUUCCUUGAAUUCUGA